UGGUAUUGUAACAGGGAUUUUGGACGAUGAGAAAAUUCUUUAUUCAACACCAAAGGCAAAGCACCUUUUAAAAUGUCAAGUAUAUGUCACCAAGAAACUCUAUAUACUGGACCUGGUUUAAGCAAAUAAUACACUUGUAUGCAGGUACAUAAAGAAACUAUCGAUGCUGUUCCAAAUGCUAUACCUGGAAGAACUGACAUUGAACUGGAAAUUUAUGGUAUGGAGGGCAUUCCAGAAAAAGACAUGGAUGAAAGGAGAAGGCUGCUUGAACAAAAAACACAAGCGGAAAGCCAGAAAAAGAAACAACAAGAUGAUUCUGAUGAAUACGAUGAUGACGACUCUUCAGCUUCGACCUCAUUUCAAGCACAGCCAGUGCAACCCCAGCAGGGAUAUAUACCACCAAUGGCGCAGCCAGGCUUACCUCCCGUGCCUGGUGCCCCAGGAAUACCUCCAGGUAUCCCACCGCUAAUGGCAGGUGUUCCGCCAAUGAUGCCUGGGAUGCCUCCAGUGAUGCCUGGAAUGCCUCCUGGGCCACAGUGUGAACCAAACUUUGACAGAGCAAGAAACUGGAUGAUGCCUAUGGGUGGAAUGGGUGGAAUGAUGCCUCCAGGACCAGGGAUCCCACCUCUUAUGCCUGGUAUGCCACCAGGUAGGUCAGGGGUGACGAAUCCAUACUGUGGUAUGCCACCACCUGUUGGACCUCGCCCAGGUAUGCCUCCCAUGACACAAGGACAGCCUGUGAAUGCUCCAGGUGUUCUUAACAGACCUCCGGCUCCUGUUGUUGCAGCUCCAACCCCUCAACCUCCAGUUACUAAACCACUUUUUCCCAGCGCAGGACAAAUGGGGACACCUGUCACAAGCUCAAGUACAACUCCAUCCAAUUCAGAACUGUCAGCACCUUCUAAAGCUCUGUUUCCUAGCACAGCACAAGCUCAAGCCGCUGUUCCAGGUCCAGUUGGUACAGAUUUCAAACCUCUGAAUAACACACCUGCAACUACAACAGAACCCCCCAAACCUACAUUCCCAGCUUACACACAGUCUACAGCUUCAACCACUAGUACCACAAAUAGCACUGCAGCUAAACCAGCUACGUCUAUAACAAGUAAGCCUGCUACCCUUACGACAACCAGUGCAACCAGUAAGUUGAUCCACCCAGACGAGGAUAUCUCUCUGGAAGAAAGAAGGGCACAGUUGCCUAAAUAUCAACGUAAUCUCCCUCGACCAGGCCAAGCUUCCAUGGGCAACCCGCCAGUUGGUCCAAUUGGAGGUAUGAUGCCGCCACAGCCAGGAAUUCCCCCCCAGCAACAAGGAAUGAGACCUCCGAUCCCACCUCAUGGUCAAUAUGGUGGUCAUCACCAGGGCAUGCCAGGAUAUCUUCCUGGUGCGAUGCCUCCUUAUGGUCAGGGACCUCCGAUGGUGCCUCCUUACCAAGGUGGACCUCCCCGACCACCAAUGGGAAUGAGACCUCCUGUCAUGUCGCAAGGUGGCCGCUACUGAUGCUCCUGCAAAAGCUCUAAUAGGUUUGGAGAUUAAACCUUUUCUCAUCUUGUGCUGUUAAUAUAGCCAAGCUUCCAUCAAUUAAAACUUCGUUGUGACUUUUAAGAAAAAAAAGUAUCUUUCCGCAUACGAGGAACUGUUGGACAUUCUUAUUUUACAUGGGAAAAAUUAUUUAGAAUAAUAAAGCAGGAACUUUUCCCUAAUGUUGCAAUUUAUACUGUAUGGCUUCUUUUUCAUGUUUCAUCUAGGUUUUUAGAAGUGAAGUAUAGUAAAUAUGGUUCGUUAAAUUGUGAAGGCGCUGGAAUUACAUGAACAUACCAUCUUAAAGGCAAGUUCUGUGACCUUAUGUUGCUGUUUGUAAAAUGAUGCCUUCACAGCACUUCAGGUGCUGUUGGACUUCACGUCCCCAACAAUAGUUUGGUGAGGGCUUUAACUGUGACCAGCUGCUUGUACACAUAAGGCUGAACAUGUAACAAUAUUUAAUGUAUUUAGAGCUCCUCCUGUUGCAGAGAUUGAAAUUGACCCACUCAGCUCAUGUGACUUUCUGUACUGUUAAACUUCAUUGUAAUAAAACGAAAGAAAAAAAUUGUCUUUUUAUUCAUGACCAGCUGUGGACAACUUCCUAAAGGUUUGUACUGAUGCAUGCCAUGAUAGCUUGUGGUGUAAUAAACACACAUUUCCUUAUGGUA